AUGAGCACUCCAACGUUCUUGUUGUUAAUAUUAUUACUACCGUUACCAAUAACAACUACCAUAACAGCGUCAACAACUGCCAGCAAAAAUGGAGCUAAUGAACGACCGCACGAAGGCGAAAAACACGCCCCGACGCCGGCUGCCGGGGACGCGUUGCAACAGCACCUGCAUGAUGCUGUUGUUAAUAAAUCAACUACAAUUAGUGGAAAAAGUAUGAUGACACCGCUGGGAGUAGGGGUGUUGGCAAUGCGUGUCUCCAUCACCACAAAAGCGGCGGGUGGCGCUGUUGCGGGUAUCGAGCGCGUGAGCGCAGCUGCCAUAAAUUACCGUGUUGAGCAAUUAGCGCUUAAUGCAAGCGAUGCAUCGCCACCGCAAGAGCAUAAGUUAGCGGAAUUUUUCAACGUGUCCCCGCAUGCAACAGCCGUGGACGAGGUGAAAGAGUUGAACUCUGCAAAGCAACAAAUUCCUAACAGGAUAACCGUUACAAGUGGGAAUAACAAAGUUGUUGCAGAAAAUUACGUGGCGUUAAAUAGGAGUAGUGACAUGAAUGUUAAAAACAACAAUAAUUACAACAAUAACGACAAAAGCCACUUUGAUAAUGGUGUUAACAACAAAGCCAACAACAUGAGCGCUAAGGCAUCGCUGAUAAUUGAUGCUUUGUCUGAUGAUGAGCGUGCGACGGUAAAAGGUAAAGCGAAAAUGUUGGAGCCGCAACAAACUAAAGCAAAAGAGCUGCAACAAAUACAUAAUUACCAAGGCAAUCGGCAAGAGAAAAUCCAACAGAAUCCACAAAAACAACAAAUGCAAAAUCCCCGGAAAACCCAACAAAAGAAAAUGCAGCCAACUUUAAGGGGAGAAUCUGAAAACCACCAACCACAACAGCAACAUCAACAACAAGCAAUAAUUGCCGGCGAAAAGCAAUUGAAUGCCAAAGAAAAGCAGAAGUUUCCGGUGACUAAUGGGUUUGAAUACGUAGAAGAGGGAUUAACAGUCAUGAAAAUGGUUGCGAGCGACUCUGAAAGCAACAAUAAAGUGCCGUUUCUGGCAACAGAAACAACAUCGAAAAUGUUACCGGUGAAUUGGCUUAGAGCACGAAUUCGUACGAAAAACACCGAUGAUGUCGCUGUUGCCACAACUGUUGGAUAUGUCGAUGUCAAAGAUUCCCAUCAAGAUGAUGGUCACGGUAAUGAUGAUGGUCUAUUUCUCUUGCCAACUACAAUAGGCACAACAAAAGGAUCUGUAGUUAAAACGGAAAGACAGCGACCGACGACAUCACUUAAGCUAACCACAGAAACAAUCACAGCUAACAUUGAAAACCUGCACGGAACCUCAACAAAAAGCACAAGAAAGCGUUACGAAAGCAAAGCGGACACUGCGGAAGCAGCUCAGAUUUUGUCAACAAAUGCUGAUUACCCAGAUGAGAAUGAAUAUGUAAGUGAGAGUGAGCCAACUCACGCAACUCAUGCCGCCGAAAGAUCACAGGAGACUCAAGCAGAAAGCUUAGAAGUUGAACAAUCGGCCGACGCGGCCCACGCGGUGCAUAAUGCUAAGCCGUGGCACGCGGAAGACAUUAAAAAUAUGAAAAGCCGCUUAAAGCCGGCUACAGAAUUAUAUUUGGAGCCAAAUUUUAUCAAUAAAGAUGCAAACUCAUCGCAAAAUGGUAAGCAAAUAAAACAACAUUCGCAGGAUGUAAAGUUAACUGAUUUGAUGACGACGGGACGUGAGUCGGUCGAGGGCAACCGAGAGCAGCGAGUGAAACCAAGUGUUGCGAGGAUUGUAGAGAAGAUCAAAGUGGCUGAACUGCAAAUUCCGCAUGAGGAUUGUAAAGGAACGCCGCACGAGAGGCAGGUAGAGCAGCCCAAAUCACUAGGUGAGCAGCAGGAAAAGCUGCACAAGUCAGACAACAAAGGCCGACUGAGUCAGCAGAAACCACAGCAAAGGUUCUUGCAGCCAAUAAGGUAUUUAGUGGGAAGAGAAGAACAACAACAAAAUCAACAGCAACAACAGAAGAAAGAGCCACAUUUGCACACAAAAGGGAUGCCAGAUCAAGAAGCCACUAACUCAGAGCCAGUAGAGAGUGGUUUAUGGCCUAAGUACAGAGGACAAGAAAAGCGCACACAACCAGCAGUAGAGGAGGUAGAAGAAGAUGAUGAACGCAAAUAUUUCACUCAAGUGAAAUAUUUAUUGAAUGCGAAUGCUGAGCUAGAGCUAUUGACUGGACACAAAUUGACAGAGGUUGAGUCAACUAAAGAAUUUUCCAAGUCACUAAGGUCACCGCUAAACGAUGCAAAAGCGCAAUCAAAAGCAGAGCUAGUGGAGCGUGGUGCAGCAAAAGAAGAAUCCGUGGAGCAAAAAUUGUUAUAUUUAAACAAGCAAAGGAAUUCGGACACAACCGAAAUGCCAUCUGAGACAAAGGUUAUCGGAGAGAAAAUAUUGCAACCGUUCAGCGAUGUGACAACAAGCGCCAUCAGUGGAAAACCAGCGAAGUCCACAUCAGUAAAUUCAACCGAGAUUGCAUUACAAGCUAAAGCUGAGAAGGCGAGAAAAGUGGACGCACGCUCGUUUCCGCAGAGAAAGAUGCAUGUUCACAGCGCCAGCAAGCAGGGGUAG